GGGGACCGUGAUUGGGUGGGGCAUGGAGGCGGUCUCUUCAGUCUUGGGGGCGGGGCUGGGGCGAGAGGUAGGGGCGGAGCCGAUAAAGCGGAUAGGACGUGAGGGGGUCGGCCUGGCAGGAGCUAAAGAAGCCGGGGUCAGGCGUUGGAGUACUGGAGAUGGCGCCGGGCCCCAACGGUGGGAAGGGCUGAAGCCGGGAGGAGACGGGGGCGGGACUGGAUCAACGUCACGUGGGAACGCCCAAAGCCGGGCUGGGGAAAGGCGCGGCCGGGGCAGGCGAGGCGGAGGCGGUGUUGGGGGCGGGGCCGCGGCGCGCGCUCUCGCGCACCCUAGCCUGGCAUGCCGCGCGGCGGCGCGCUCCCUCUGGGCACGUGCCCGGACCUGUGCCCUGCGACUGAGCGCGCGGAGCGAGAGCAGCAGCGGCGCCUGCACCGCCUGGAAGCAGCCCCGGCGCGCGCUGUCAAGGAGUACGCGCGGCCGGCGGCUGGCAAGGCGCGGCCUCCCCCGAGCCAGCUGCGGCCGCCGCGCGUGCUGCUCGCCACUGUGCGCUACCUGGCGGCUGAGGUAGCUGGUCGGGUCGACGUGCCCGCGGCCGACGUGACCGCUUUCGUGUGGGACCGGCUGCGCGCCGUGCGCCUGGACCUGCUCCUGCAGCCCGCCGCGCCCCCGCCAGAUGCUGUCGCUGUGCUCGAGGCCGCUCUGGCCUGUCAGCUGUGCGUAGCUGGCCCGUCUGGUGGCGGUCCCGCCCGGUACCCGGACACGGGGCUGGACCCGCAACUGCUGCACGCGCAGAUGCAGGAGGCCUUUGGCUCCUUGCGCCGCUGCUAUGCCGACACCCCCGGCCCCGAGGCCCAUCCGCGCCAGGGCUUUUUCCAGGGCCUCUUCCUGCUGUAUAACCUCGGCUCCGUGGAGGCCCUGCACCAGAUUCUGCUGCUGCCCCGAGGCCUGCGCUCCUGCCCUGCCCUGUGCCAAGCCCUGGCUGUGGAUGCCGCCUUCCGAGAGGGCAAUGCCGCGCGUCUCUUCCGCCUGCUCCGGGCCCUGCCUUACUUGCCCAGCCUUGCCGUCCAGCGCCACGUAGGGCCGGCCCGCAGCAGAGCCUUGGCCGCUCUGGCUCGGGCCCUGGGCGUGCCCACUGGCCAGUCUUACCCACUGGCCCACCUGGCCCGCCUCCUCGCUAUGGACAGCUUAGCGGAGACCCGAGCGCUGUGCCAGGCCCACGGGCUGGACGUGGAGGGGGAAGCCGGGGAGGAGCGGGCCCUGUUCGUGCGGGGCCACUUCUCCGAGAACGCGCCCAUUCCGGCCCUAUCCUGCAGCCUGCUGGUGAACAGCAAGUUAAGGGGGCAGACUCUGGAGCAGGUGGUCAUGGGGGAGGCAGCGGGAGACUUGGCAGCCGGGGCGGGGGACGGGGUGGAGGUCACAGCGGACCUUCCCCAGCCUGAGCAGGAGGCGGAGGAAGCUCAGCUCAGGACUCCCAGGUGAAGGGGAGAGGGCCCCCCCCCAGCCCAGGCCCCCUCCCGGCUCAGUAGGUGAGAGGCUGGGUCAGGCUGGAGGGGAAGUGGACUCCCUGGAGGUGACGGAGACUGGAUCAGAGCACCCUUCGUCACAGGACCUUGGGACGUGCAGGGAUUGGAACCCAGAGCUCAGGGUCUCCUCUCCGCAGAGGAAGGGUGCCUCGGGGAGGCUGAGGCUAACAAUAAAGGACCUUCUUACAGGC